AAUAAUCUAUCUACAAUAAUAAAACAUACAUUGCAGAUUGCCGCUGUAUCUUAUCAUUUAAGUUGGAACCGAUUUAUUUCAUUUUUUCAAAUAAAAUUCUUUCGUGAUUAAUUAAUAUUAUAGAUUCUGCAAUAUUUAUGCUGGUUAUGUAGUAAAACUAAAUUUCAUAUAUUGAUUUUAUAGUGCGUGCUUAUGUAACCUACGUUUGUUUAUUAUUAGUUUGAAAUUCGUAUGUUGCUACAGAGAUACUACCAAGGAUAAUAAGAAGAAAAUUGAAACGUAUCUAUGAUUGAAACAUAACCUCUCCAUAAUUUUGAGCACUUAACCUAUAUAUUAACCUACGACUCUUGCCUAUACCCACGACAAACUAUUUGUAUUAGACAGGGCUAGAAUUGAAAAUUGUUAGACCUUUUUAAUUGGUGAACUUACAAGAAAAUAGAUUUAUAGUUGUAUUGUAUUCGGUUACCACAUCCACAUAAUAUUACAAUGGAUUCGAAACACAAUUUUGAUGAACUUCAAGGGGGAAGUAACUUUCUACCCCGUACGCUGAGUAUUAUGAAAUUUACGGCAGCGAGAAUAGAAGAAAUAAAAUCAAUGAGAGAAGCUUUGAAGUUAUCAUCAUCAACAAAAUUAGCCUUUCAAACUCUACCAAAGCAUAUGAGACGUAGAAUAAUGUCUCAUAAUCCUAAGAGGGUUCCUAGAGAAAUGAGAACAAGGCAUGUAAAUCAAAUGUCUAAAUCAGGUUUAUCUGCAACACCUAAAAAAAUAACUCGUAAACACCGGAGAAGGCCUAGGAAUUUGCAGGAUGAAUAUAUGCGACGUCAACGAAAGAUAUCAUGGUUAGAAACACAUAUUUGGCAUGCAAAACGAUUUCACAUGGUAAAUCGAUGGGGUUACAGAUUACCAGAACAGCCAUGUGAUAAAGUAUUCAGGGCUUGCUAUAGAGCAAUUGCCCACCAUUGUCUAUUACAAGAUAUUUCUUAUAUUAGCUGUGUGUCUAUAACGGGUCCGUUGGAAAUACUUUUAGAAAAUUUUAAAAAUAUUUGUGAUAGUAGCAGUGGUGUCACUUUUGCAGCAAAGGCAUUUAUUAGAGGAACUCGCGAAGGUCAAACUACAUUAUUCUUUAACAAUUCCAACCCCAAGAGAGCAAUAGGUACCGUAAAUUUUAUGUGGAAUCCAAUUACUGAUUCUGAUUCAGAAGAAAAACGUACCAUUUGGAUUUGGAUUCAUGCUGCUUUUUAUAAUGAUGCCUUAAAUACAUUAAUUGAAUGCUUUUCACUAAACACAUUGUGCACAAAUAAUCAAUCAAAAAUUUAUAAAAAUGAAAACAGCAAAAUUUUUUUAGAAGAGUUAAAAUUUGACCUAAGUAGAUUUCGAUUAACUGGGCCCCUUUCAACGGCGAUUUUACAAAAAAUUCUAAAACUAGCUCAUUUAUCAAUCAGUACAGACAUUGAGUGGGACGAAAAUUUUUUGGAGAACCCUGAUUUCGAAGAAAGCGUCGCUAAAACUUCUAAUUCUUCAAAUAGUGAAAUUACAAGGCAUUUGAAAAAUACAUUAAUAGAAAAUUCGAAAUGGUUUAAACAAUUAUUAGACAAUUUCAAAUCUAAAAAAAUUUUAAAUGAGCAAGAAACCUAUUGGAAAACAUUGGAAGGUGCAACAUCACCUGAUCAAGUCUCUCCACAUGUUAUCUUAUCUUUAAUUGCAACUGAUCCAAGGUACAGCUAUCCUAAAAAGAGAGAAAAGGCUUUACCAAUUGGUGAAUCUAAUUCGAAUAUUAAGUAUGAGAUUCCUGAAAAUGUUAAUAAGUCUUGGCUUUGGAAUAAAGACAUAAGAAAUCAAGUUUUUAAUUCUAAGCUUCCGACAAAGAUUAUUAAUGACUUAAGAAGUGAUUUGUUGGUACCAGGCUCUGAUUUGCAUCAUUGUGGAGCACCUAUUCCUGUAUUAUUGGUCCAACAACCUGGAUGUACUAAUGAGUAUCAUGGUUUCGGCAGUGGUUGGGACUUGAUUGUACCUUCAGGUUGGGGUCAACCGUUUUGGGUCGCGUUAAUAAUGAGGGGCGCAAGAUCAGGAGGUCUAAGGGAAUUUAAUUCUUUGCUGUUUGAAUGUGAAAGACAACAAUUUUUACCUCCAGACACCAAAGCCGGUGCUGAGGAAGAAAAAAGGCUAUCAGAUUUGCAAAGGCGAAAGUAUUUUGCGCGACCCCCUAAUAAAAGACCCAAUUACCGUAAAUUAUCUAUUACAAAUCCAUUUGGUUUCCAAUGGAAAGAUAUUGUGCAAAAUUGGUCUUCAAAUGAAAUAAAUGAUUUUUAUGUGAUAAGGAGUAAAAAAAUGUUAGAAGUUUUACAAAAUUCCCUGAAACAUAAAAGAUUUAACGAUUGUAUUGAUAUUAAUUUAAAUUGUUUGGUACCAGUAAGAAUCAAAAUGUUAGACAAAGGUGCACCAAAAAUAUUUGCAGUAAUUUGCUUACCUCAUUCUAAUGAUAAUUGUAAGAAAAUGACUCUUAUGGAGCCUUUAAAAGAAGAUCUUAAUGAACAGAAACGAAAAGAUUUAAGAAGUUCUCACAAAAUGGAUUUAAAAAAGAGAAGUAAAGAAAGAAAGAAACUUAAGAAGGUGAAACGAAAUUCUGACAGUGAAAAAUUAGAGAGUUAUAGAAAUGAAAUUGAAAAACUGUGGUUGCCUGAUUCUACAAAAAACGUUAGGUUUUCUUCCUCUAGAGAAGUAAUUGGCUUUGUAACUAAAGCUCAAUUUAGUUUUACUCGUGCUAAAAAUUGUGCAAAUGGUUACAUUGCUUUAGGAGCUUUUCAGAGUCUCGUUUGCUCUAGUGCUAAAGUUUUAGUAAGAAAUGUAAACAGUUUACAAUAUCGAUUUGGAAUAGUUAAUGUUAUUGUAUAAGAAAAUGAUUAAUAAAUUGAAUUUUCAGUCAAUUAAA